UUUCACAGCUAGUCUGGCGUAUUUGCAAAUGUCAAAGCAGUGGAGAGUAGCAUUGCGGUGACAUUCAAGCAUUGGGUUAGGGAGUGCUCCGCGUUCAGGGCACCUGAAUCCUUAAAAACAUUCUUUGUAUUUUACUUUAGUAAGUUUUCAUAUUUUCUUUUUGAUUCUCAUUUGUGGGAUAUAGUUUUCAUGGCCUCUGAUACAAACUCUUCUACUGGCAGUGCUGACCCUACCAGUAGUGAUUUAACUUCAAACAAGCAGGUAGAGAUGGAUGAAGCAUACUCGGCAUUUGCUACGGAGUACGAUGACUUUCAUCGUGGAUCUCUUCUACUUACUCUUGCAAAAAAGGAAUGCAUGAGACUUAUUUCGCCAAAGCCAGGCGCAAAGUUCCUUGACAUGGCAGCUGGAACUGGCGAUGCGACUGAGCAGUUCUUCGAGUACCAAGAUGGUGUCAACCACGACACGGAUUCAACCGCUACACUUGUUGACCUAAACUCGGAUAUGCUUGCUAUUGCCAAGAAGCGACUCAGUGAUACCAAAUGGGCCAAGGAUGGCCGCAUCGAGUUUAUUGAAGGAAAUGCCGACCACAUCCCAGGGAUGCCAGAGGACACAUUCGACACCUAUUGCUGCUAUUUAGGAAUGCACAAUAUGCCGAACCACGACAAAGUGCUGAGAGAGGCAAUGCGCGUACUUAAGCCGGGAGGGAAGAUUUACAUCUUUGAGGUAGAUACCGGAACCUGGUACAUUGGGCGGCUUUUUAGAAGCCUGCUCUUCCAUUUUCGUCACUACAUUUUAAUGAUGCGUGUAAAAAACUGGGCCAUGGCAUCGCGUAUAAUUAACAGUGGCCGAGAGUUCCCGUCGCCACCAGACUUUGUGCAAGAGAUGAAGGACGCAGGAUUCGCAAUUGAGGAUACUGGUUACCAUAGCAUGUAUUAUGGUAUAUUCGCUCUUUUCAUAGGAACGAAGCCAACUAAGUAACUGGAAUACAUGUUGCCAUGUGCUCUGAUAGUUUCUUAUUUUCAGAUUGAGAUCUGGCAUUAUGCCCUAUGAUGAUACUUGAACUUUUAAAUCAUGUGCGUCCGAGAACUUCGAUGACUAAAUGUUGUUGGUCUAGAUCACACGGAGGGUUGUGUAAGGUGAGAAAAGGAAAGGAAUAAGACAAACAACGUGAAAUAUCUUACAAGUGAAUAUGUGUAUUUUUCAUAUAACGUGGAUUCCGAAUGAACUGUAAAGCAGUGAUAUCCCAGUCCAGAAAGGCGCUAGUAGUGUGAGCGUAAUACUAACAGAAAG